AUGGAACCCACUUACCACACCGGCCCAUACAGAACUCGUUCCAGCAUUGACGCCUACGUGCUUGAAUGCAGUCGCAUGCAUAACAAUGCAGGAGACCCAAAAGGGUUGAUGCUCUGGAGAAGAAUCGUACCGUUUUCACACUUUGGCGAUACACAAUUGACUAUACCCAGACGUCAUGGAACCUUAUAUGCUCGGAGCGGUGCGCCUGUGUUCGAACGGAGGGCACGGCCCGUCCGCAUGACUCCGAACCAUCGCCGGGGAGAUGGCUCCGUUUCAUUUGUUGCGGCGAUGAUUCUUACAUCUCGAAAGAACAUCAGCCAUGAUCAGAUUGUUGUGCAGAAUAUUAACCAGAUGUUCCGUGGGUGUAGUGCUACCGCAGAGACAAAAUCACCACAGGCGAGCUCACCACAGCGCCGCGGCGGUUCCCAACCAUUUGUUGGCUGUUCUAGAACGGCCUGCUCGCCUGCUUUGGAUGGUCCGCAACGUUGCAACGUUCAACUUCCACCGAUCCUCCCGCGUCUGCAUCUCCACACUGCAGCACACGCUGUGGAGCAAGGAAGGGAUGAGUUGGAAGGGCGACCACACACGAUGGUAGAUGACGCUGCAUCAACGUCGUCAUCACUCGCAGACAUAUCUUCGCAUUGA